CACAUGCUCCGCAAACUAUACAUCAACAAUCUGGACGCUAUUAAACCCAAGUGAAAAGGAUGGGAUGGUGUUUAUUGUUAUCUGUUUUCAAAAGCCCUUAUAAAGGGAGCUUAGGACAGAUUGUGGAAAUCCAUUAAUUCUCUAAAAAAAAGAGGUGUGUAUUGCCUUGUAUGAAAUCACAGGAUUUGUUGAGGGGGGGGAAUGAAUUUAACCUGUAAUAGCUUUACCUCCGCCAUGCACAUUGUCAGAGAAGUCAGACUGAAAAGACUGCAGCACACAGAUAAGACACACGAUGCGCGACUGUGAAUACAAACCACACGGACGGAUCCCUUUCACUGACUUUAACUGUACGGAGCAACACGUACAAAACUAUCACCACACGUCACCAGCUUACAUGAGCCACCCUUUCAUCUGCGACUCCCUAAUUACUGUGUUUAAUUAGCAUGCAUUGUUGUUGUGAGUGCAGAACCAGCUUGUGUCAUCUACUACACAAAAUCUACUAAUCUCCAAAAAGAUCGUCCGUCGAUAAAGCUAAAUAGGAAAGUGACAUUCAAUGAAAUAAAUAAUAAAGAACUAAUACUAAAAAAGAACUAAUCCUCAAAUUCAGCAUACACAAGACUCCGGCCACACCAGAAAACGUUCAUCUUUAAAUCCAGGUUUCUAAUACCCAAGCAAUCCCCUUUUCUCUAAAACCUCAACAAUAAGGAUCUUAAGAGCUCUCCACUUCUCAUUUUAUGCACUGAAAUCUGAUUUCUUUUGGAGAAAGGAAUGAGGCAAGAUUAACUGAAUCUGCCGUCCUCCCUAACCUCUUCACAAAACUGCCCAGAUUAGCUAGGAAUUAAGUUUCAACCGUUUUAUGUGUCUGGUCCAUAGGGGGGAUUACAGUUUUACUUUUUUUUUUUGUGCCUCCCAAUUUCACUAUAAGGGCCUGACACGCUGUUGUAGACAGAGGAGAGAGAGAAGAGCAACUGAGGCUGAACUAUCGAAAAGUCACAACAUCCUGUGAUCGUCGUUGCUUCGGGGUUUUAUUUGAAUUUCCUCAGAGACGAAUGGACUGAUCAGGAUGGAGAGACAGAAGUUUCCUUUUACUAUUGAAAACAUACUGAGCAAAUAUCCAAACGGCAGCGGAGACAAACGGCCGUGUGGAGCAAGUGGACUAAAAGAGAAGACGGUGAAUCCCAGUGGAGGCCAGACAGAAGCUGUUCAUCAUGCCUGCUUAUGCUGCUGCUACUGCUCCCACUGUGCAGACUUAUUCCACACUGAUUUCAUUCAUGAAGCCUGUCAGUAUGGAUGGACUCCGGCGAUGCUCUCGGACCCCUGCAGGCUGGGAGACGCUCACAGGGAGGAUCAGUCGGCCGGUCAGGUGCAGAGAAGAACCAGACGCCAUCGAACCAUUUUCACCGAGGAACAGCUGGACGCACUGGAGGAGCUGUUCCUGCAGAACCAGUAUCCAGAUGUGAACACAAGGGAGAAACUAGCACAGCGGACUCACCUAAGAGAAGAAAGAGUAGAGGUUUGGUUUAAAAACCGAAGAGCGAAGUGGAGACGUCAGAAAAGACUUUCAUUCGUUGUGGGAAACACAGAAAACUAAGUAAAAGCUGAAAAAAAGAAGGCUGUGUGUGUGUGUGAGUGUGACUUUCAAAGAAUUCUGCUUGUCGUUGUUAUUAAAUGUAACAUCCAGACACGUUCUUAUAUACCAGAAAAUGUAACAGCACCUCUGUGGCAGUGAAAUCAUGUGAAGUUAGACUGUAGUCUUAAAGCCCAUUUGUGAGUCAGAUUGGUUCAGUGCACAUGGUUCAUGAGCUGCCAUUGUGUGCUAUUAUUAAUGCUGAGAGCUGAGUCUGCAGUGCAUAAAAGGAUUGUUGUGGUUUGCACAGGUUGUGAUAAAGUGUCCUUGAGAACAAAU